AUCCCCUCCGCCCGCCCCGCCUCCACCCCACGUCCUCCUCCUCCCCAGCAGUCCCACCCGCGCACGCACGUCGAUCCGGGAGAGAGAGAGAGAGCGCGAUGACGCCGCUCCACGCCGCCCCGCACCAUGCCGCGGCCGCGGCCGCGGUCGUCUCCUCGCCCUCAUCCGCGCCGCUCCUCCUCCGCGCCAAGCCUUACCACCCCAAGGCGGCGGCUUGCUCCUUCACCGUGACCGCCACCACUCCGUCGAGGAAAGCUUUCCUGUCGUGCCCGGAUCACGGCCAGGCGGCGGCGGGGGCGGCGCCGCCGCGCUCCGCCCCGGCGUCGUCGCCGGCGCUCAUCUCCUCCGUCCAGGACCUGUACGACUUCAUCUGCAGCGGCCCGCUCGUGGACAGGAUCGGGUACACCAAGGAGAAGAUCGCCGGCUCCAUCGACCGGUGGCUGCGCUGCGGUGUGCAGGUGGCCCGGCUGUUCCGCCUCAACGAGCUCCACCUCUCGGAGGCGGAGAAGGCCAGGAUAUACCACUUCUACAUCCCCGUCUUCCUCUGGUGCGAGGACCAGGUCACGGAGCACAGGGCCAAGUACAAGGACGGCGACGAGAUCCCUCCAUUAGUGAUUGGGGUCAGCGCUCCCCAAGGCAGUGGAAAGACAACUCUUGUUUUCGCACUUGAUUAUCUUUUUCGGGUUGCUGGUAGGAAUGCCGCUACAUUAUCUAUCGAUGACUUCUACUUGACGGCAGCAGAACAGGGUAAAUUGAGGGAAAGAAAUCCUGGAAAUGCUCUUUUGGAGCUUCGUGGAAAUGCUGGAAGCCAUGAUCUCCCGUUCUCAGUUGAAACACUUGAAUCGCUGCUUAAACUAACUAAAGAAGGUUUGAAGAUGAAGCUUCCACGGUAUGACAAGUCUGCUUUUGGUGGAAGAGGUGAUCGGGCUGAUCCUUCAACAUGGCCAGAGGUUGAAGGGCCCUUAGAGGUUGUUCUUUUUGAAGGAUGGAUGCUUGGAUUCAAACCUCUUCCAAAUGAAGUUGUAAAAGCAGUGGACCCUCAGCUUGAGGUGGUUAAUAAGAACCUUGAGGCAUACUACGAUGCAUGGGACAGGUUCAUUGGGUCAUGGAUGGUCAUAAAAAUAAAGGAACCUAGUUGCGUGUACCAGUGGAGACUGCAGGCAGAGAUAGCUAUGAGAGCAGAUGGGAAACCAGGAAUGUCUGAUGAGGAGGUCAUGGAUUUUGUGUCGCGCUACCUACCAGCAUACCACGCAUAUUUGCCCACUCUAUAUAAAGAGGGACCAAACGGCUCGAACCCAGACCACCUGCUGGUCGUUGACAUAGACGAAAAGAGGAAUCCUAUGUGGGGUAGAUGAGCCCUGAAUGUACAUUGCUGAAAGAAAAUGGAUCUUCUGACCCAAUGGUGGAGUUUGGGAUAUCUGAUCUUUCUGAGACCACAUAUUCCAAGCAAGCACCACUGGCCUCUUGUUUCUUGUGGCUUGAACAAGUACUAAACGUGUAAAACUUUGAUGUAUACGAAAUCUUGCUAUUACUUAUAAGGAAAUCGGAAUCCCAAUUCAUUUUGCUGA